ACACCUACUGCUGGAUUCACACGACCUUUAGCAUUGAAAAUGCGUGGAAGAAGCGAGUCGGCGAGGAAGUGCCCUAUCCUGGUGUUGACAAGACGACGCCCAACGAGAAGAGGGUCUACCACGCCUACUACCAGUGGGUGUGCUUUGUGCUCUUCUUCCAGGCCAUCUUCUUCUACGUUCCGCGGUACCUGUGGAAGGCUGCCGAAGGUGGGCUGGUGAAGAACCUCAUUCUCGGCCUGAAUCGGCCCAUUCUCGGCGAGGAUGACCGUCGAGGGGCGAUCAACCUGGUGACGGACUACCUCUUCCGGAACAUGUCACUGCACAACACGCUCUUCCUCACCUACGCCAUCACCGAGGUGCUCAACCUCAUCAACGUUAUCCUCCAGAUGGUGCUCAUAGACCGCUUCCUGGGCGGUGAGUUCAGCUCCUUCGGCUGGGAGGUGAUCAACUUCUCAGAGUGGGACUGGUCCGUGCGAUACGAUCCAAUGAUCAAAGUGUUCCCCCGCCUGACCAAGUGUACAUUCCACCGAUACGGCUCCUCAGGUGACGUGCAGCGCCACGAUGCGAUGUGCAUUCUGCCGAUCAACAUCGUCAACGAGAAGGUGUACAUCUUCCUCUGGUUCUGGUUCUACUUCCUCGCCAUCGCUAGCGCCCUCGCCCUCGUCUACCGCGCCCUGACCAUCUUCUACCCGGGCAUGCGCGUCGUCGCCACCCACUCCCACUGCCGCAUCUCCAAUCCAAAGCAGAUCAAGGAGGUGCUGAAGCACGGCGGCGUCGGCGACUGGUUCCUCCUUGACCUUCUCUCCAAGAACAUGGACCCACUCAACUUUCGUGAUCUGAUCAUCGACCUGAAGGAGAAGAUCGACAUGGUCAAGGACAGCAAAAACGGAGUCUAA